AUGAACGUUCUCUAUCAGUCAGCAUGUUCCCCGUCUGCGGUCUUGCGCCGCUGCGGCAUCAGUGACCUUGCUGACGUUCCAGUUCAGUCUCAAGGCCCCACAUGCCGACUGGUGGUUGAGGAGCACUUGUCACUGCUGAAAAUAAUUUGGGCUGUCUUCGCUGGACACGUAAUGCGACUCGAGAGCAAGCAAGACGAGGAUGACGAACGCCUACGCGGCAAAGUCAUCCCAAGGAAUGAAGGACGUGGGAUGCGGCGAAAAGUGACCCCACGAAGCGGUGAAGCGGGUGAAUCACAGCGCUAUGGCAAAGGCUCCACUUUACGGCGCCGCGACCGCCUUCCCGAGGUUCGCAACUGCAGCGCUUCGAAUGCUUCGCGAGAAGAGGCUCAACAGUUUGCGACGGCGCGACGGCGUGUCGCAUUCUGCGCAUACCCGCCACUGACACGGGUCGCACUGACAAGUGGUGUUCUGUUGGGUUGA